AUGGUUGCUUUCACUAUUGAACAAAUCCGUGAAUUAAUGGAUAAAGUUACCAAUGUUCGUAAUAUGUCAGUUAUUGCUCAUGUUGAUCACGGUAAAUCAACUUUAACUGAUUCUUUAGUUCAAAAAGCUGGUAUUAUUUCUGCUGCUAAAGCCGGUGAAGCUAGAUUCACUGAUACCAGAAAAGAUGAACAAGAAAGAGGUAUUACCAUCAAAUCUACCGCUAUUUCUUUAUUCGCUGGUAUGGAAGAUGAUGAUGUCAAAGAAAUUACCCAAAAAACUGUUGGUAACUCUUUCUUAAUUAACUUGAUUGAUUCCCCAGGUCACGUUGAUUUCUCAUCCGAAGUCACUGCUGCUUUAAGAGUCACUGAUGGUGCUUUAGUUGUUGUUGAUUGUAUUGAAGGUGUCUGUGUCCAAACUGAAACCGUUUUAAGACAAUCUUUAGGUGAAAGAAUUAAACCAGUUGUUGUUAUUAACAAAGUUGAUAGAGCUUUAUUAGAAUUACAAGUUACUAAAGAAGAUUUAUAUCAAUCUUUCUCCAGAACCAUUGAAUCCGUUAAUGUUAUCAUUGCUACUUAUGUUGAUCCUGUUUUAGGUGACUGUCAAGUUUACCCAUACAAAGGUACCGUUGCUUUCGCUUCCGGUUUACAUGGUUGGGCUUUCACUGUUAGACAAUUCGCUACCAGAUAUUCUAAAAAAUUCGGUGUUGAUAGAGUCAAAAUGAUGGAAAGAUUAUGGGGUGAUUCUUACUUCAACCCAAAAACUAAAAAAUGGACUAACAAAGAUAAAGAUGCUGAUGGAAAACCAUUAGAAAGAGCUUUCAACAUGUUCGUUUUAGAUCCAAUCUUUAGAUUAUUCAAUGCUAUCAUGAACUUCAAAAAAGAUGAAAUCCCAGCUUUAUUAGAAAAAUUAGAAAUUAACUUAAAGGGUGACGAAAAAGAAUUAGAAGGUAAAGCUUUAUUAAAAGUUGUUAUGAGAAAAUUCUUACCAGCUGCUGAUGCUUUAUUAGAAAUGAUUGUUAUUCAUUUACCAUCUCCAGUUACUGCUCAAAACUAUAGAGCUGAAACUUUAUAUGAAGGUCCUCAUGAUGAUUCUUCAUUCCAAUCCAUCAAAAACUGUGAUCCAAAUGGUGACUUAAUGGUUUACGUCUCCAAGAUGGUUCCAACUUCCGAUAAAGGUAGAUUCUACGCUUUCGGACGUGUUUUCGCUGGUACUGUUAAAUCAGGUCAAAAAGUUAGAAUCCAAGGUCCAAACUAUCAAGUUGGUAAAAAAGAAGAUUUAUUCUUAAAAGCUAUCCAAAGAACUGUCUUAAUGAUGGGUAGAUUCGUUGAACCAAUUGAUGAUUGUCCAGCUGGUAACAUUGUUGGUUUAGUCGGUGUUGAUCAAUUCUUAUUAAAAUCAGGUACUAUUACCACCAACGAAACUUCUCACAAUAUGAAAGUUAUGAAAUUCUCAGUCUCUCCAGUUGUUGAAGUUGCUGUUGAAGUUAAAAACGCUAACGAUUUACCAAAAUUAGUUGAAGGUUUAAAGAGAUUAUCAAAAUCCGAUCCUUGUGUCUUAACUAAAAUGUCCGAAUCCGGUGAACAUAUUGUUGCUGGUUCAGGUGAAUUACAUUUAGAAAUUUGUUUAAACGAUUUACAAAACGAUCAUGCUGGUAUUCCAUUAAAGAUCUCCCCACCAAUUGUUUCUUACAGAGAAACUGUUGAAGGUGAAUCAUCAAUGGUUGCUUUAUCUAAAUCUCCAAACAAACAUAACAGAAUUUACGUUAAAGCUCAACCAUUAGAUGAAGAAGUCUCAUUAGAUAUUGAAAAUGGUGUUAUUAACCCAAGAGAUGAUUUCAAAGCUAGAGCCAGAAUCUUAGCCGAUAAACACGGUUGGGAAGUUACCGAUGCCAGAAAAAUUUGGUGUUUCGGUCCAGAUGGUAACGGUCCUAAUUUGGUUGUUGACCAAACUAAAGCUGUUCAAUACUUAAACGAAAUCAAAGAUUCCGUUGUUGCUGCUUUCCAAUGGGCUACUAAAGAAGGUCCAUUAAUGGGUGAAUCUGUUAGAUCAUUAAGAGUUAACAUCUUAGAUGUUACUUUACAUGCUGAUGCUAUCCACAGAGGUGGUGGUCAAAUUAUCCCAACCAUGAGAAGAGUUACUUACGCUUCUAUGUUAUUAGCUGAACCAGCUAUCCAAGAACCAGUUUUCUUAUGUGAAAUUCAAUGUCCAGAAAACGCUAUUGGUGGUAUUUACUCAGUCUUAAACAAAAAGAGAGGUCAAGUUAUCUCUGAAGAACAAAGACCAGGUACUCCAUUAUUCACCAUUAAAGCUUACUUACCAGUUAACGAAUCUUUCGGUUUCACUGGUGAUUUAAGACAAGCUACUGGUGGUCAAGCUUUCCCUCAAUUGAUCUUCGAUCAUUGGCAAGCUUUAGGUGGUGAUCCAACUGAUCCAACCACCAAACCUGGUUCAAUUGUUAAACAAAAGAGAGAAAGAACUGGUUUAAAACCUGAAGUUCCAGGUUAUGAAGAAUACUAUGAUAAAUUAUAG